AGUGGUCCAAUCCGUGACGGGAGAAGGCGAAUUUGAACCAAUUAAAACUGAAAAGGGAACCACUGUUGGGGACCUUUCUUAGGCGCCCUUUCCUUCCUGGGAUGCUAUGGAGUUCCCAGAACACAGUCAGCAGCUGCUGCAGAGCCUCCGGGAGCAGCGGUCCCAGGGCUUCCUUUGUGACUGCACCGUGAUGGUGGGUAGCACCCAGUUCUUGGCCCACCGGGCUGUGCUGGCCUCUUGCAGCCCAUUCUUCCAGCUUUUCUACAAGGAACGGGAAUUGGACAAGAGGGAUCUGGUGUGUAUUCACAAUGAGAUUGUCACUGCCCCAGCCUUUGGGCUACUUCUGGACUUUAUGUAUGCUGGCCAGCUGGCCCUGAGGGGGGAUACCCCUCUAGAGGAUGUGCUGGCAGCUGCCAGCUAUUUGCACAUGAACGACAUUGUCAAGGUGUGUAAGCAACGGCUGCAAGCCCGGGCUUUGGCAGAGGCGGAUAGUACCAAGAAGGAGGAGGAAACCAACUCACAGCCCCCUAAUUUGGAGUUUUUGUCCAGUACUUGCCGUGGCCCCCAGCCUUCCUUGGCAUCUGCUGAGACAUCAAGCCAUUGGGGCAAAGAGGAAUGGAAAGGCCCUACCCCUCCUUUAGCUAUUACCCGUCCUUCAGAUGAGCCACCAAUGCCUGGUGGGGCUGACACUACACAACCCAGCAUGGAGGUUGACUCACCACAUCUGCGGGCACCUCCCCCACCAGUGGCUGAUGUGUCUGUCUCUCUCGCCAGCCCUAGUAGCUCCACAGAGACCAUUCCAGCAAACUAUUUUUCUUCUGGACUUCCAGCAGUUUCAGUGGAGCCCCUGCCUCCUCUUGAUGUGGGUCCUGAGAAUUUGAGGGUGGUGGAACCAAGGGAUACUACAGGAGGAACAUUACAGGGCUUCUAUCCCCCAACAUCAGCUCCAGCCCCAGUCUCAGUCUCAGCCCCAGUUUCAUCCCAGGUUCCAGCCCCAGCUGAGGCUGAACUGGUCCAAGUCAAAGUAGAAGCUAUUGUGAUUUCUGAUGAGGAGACUGAUGUGUCAGACGAACAGCCUCCAGUCCCUGAGGGACUGUUCUCACCUGGAGGAGCAAUGUAUGGGGGACAGCCCUCCCAGCCAGAGGCUUUUGAGGAGCCAGGGGCAGCAGGACUAGAGGAAGUGGGGCCAAGCGACCACUUUUUGCCUCCAGACCCUCACCUACCGUACCAUUUGCUGCCAGGUCCAGGUCAGUAUCAUCGAGGACUGGUGACCUCACCCCUCCCUGCACCCCCAGCCCUGCACGAGCCACUUUAUCCACCUUCUGAGUAUGAAGCAGCUCCAGGAACCUUUGGGGUCUUUACUGAGGAUGUUCCCACCUGCAAGACAUGUGGAAAGACCUUCUCAUGUUCUUACACACUACGGCGACAUGCUACGGUUCACACACGUGAGCGACCCUAUGAAUGCCGCUACUGCCUGCGAAGUUACACACAGUCAGGGGACCUCUACCGCCACAUCCGAAAGGCUCACAAUGAGGACCUGGCUAAACGCAGCAAACCGGAUCCAGAGGCUGGCUCCAAUCUAGGAAUGCAGCCCCUCCCUGGCUCACCAACAGCAGACAGACAGAGCAGUAGUGGUGGAGGGCCACCCAAAGAUUUUAUACUUGGCCCCAAAAGUUAACAUCUGGGGCAGCAAGAGCUGAUGCCAGGCCUGCUCUUACCAUACUUAGAUGGAACAGAAAGUCAGAGGCAUCUCACCCCUGCUGGAUGACAGAACUAAGGUUCUGCCUAGGCUUGAAAGUUCCUAUCUUUUCCUUUGUCCAGGGAGAUAAAUUGGACUCUUAGGGGCAGA